ACGACGGACGUGUUCAAGGUCCAUCAGUCUGUUAGCUGAGCACCUCCUGAGUCUUACACUUCAAACAGAAGAAGAAGGGUUUUUAUUUUGGGUUUGUUUUUGUUUUUUUCUUUUAGUGAAGCGUGUUUUACCUGUGCUCAGAGCACCAUGUCCAUGCCAGGACUCCUUCACUGCAUCCUCCUGCUCUCCAUCGCCGGGAUUCUACUCCUCUCAGAUUCUUCUGCAAGGAGAAUCAGAGUCAGAAGACAGAAUAUGAAGGUUCGGAUUAACGCUACUGGUGACACCAUUGUCCUGAAGUUCCUCCGACCCAACCCUGAUAUCAAGCUUGAGGGCUACAUUCUGGGCUACGGUUCUAGCAUGUUCUCCAAGCAGUUCAUCCAGCUUCCAGAGAAUGGACAACCCUAUGAGACAGAGAUCGAUGCUGAACCAAAGUACCUAGUUGCCGUCCAGCCAAUCAAACCCAAUGAUGUGAAGAAACAAUGCACAGGUAAAGUCAACCUGGACAAGCCCCUUAACCUGGUGAUUGGGACCGUCUCCUCCACCUCAGUUCUGCUGUCCUGGGGGCCAUAUACUAAGGCGCCUUAUGAGGGCAACAUCAUGAAUGACUGCCUGGAAGAUGGGUACUACACAAUCCGUUACAGAGAAAGGAACAGGAAGUGGAUCUAUCAGACAUGUCCCACCAGUGACACGGUCAUCGACAAUCUGAAACCCAAUACCCACUACGAAUUUGGCGUCCGACCCAACAAAGAUGACCGCAAUGGCGUGUGGAGCAAACCCGUCAUCCACAGCACCAACAUGGGGGAAAAAAUCAUGCACAAUCCCUACAAACCGAGUCAGACCAAGCCUGAGAAGCCUCCGAUGCCGGGACCACGUACAGUGUUUCCACCUCGGCUGGCUGUGCACAACAGGACCCAGCCAAGACUCCCACCUCUUCACACAAAUCCUGCUUUUCCUGGAGCUCCAAAGACAUCUUUUGUGCCUCCUCCUCCUCCUCCUCUGGUCCAGCAGGAAACUGCACUUAUCCCUGGGUCCAGUGAGCCCAAACAGUCUCAGCUAACACUGGACACAGGCAGCCUUGCUAGAAAUACCUCUUCUCAAGCCGGAGGGAUUUCUCUUGGCUUGCCACACCUCCUGUCCACUCGACCCCCUCGCCAGACAACCACUGUCACCCCUCAGACCCUCUCCGAAGGCGACCGGCGACUUGGCCUCUCCCAGACCAAGGCACCAAGUGCCACUCCCAAGACUUUUAGUUCAUCUGGUAAUUCUGGUAAAAGCUUUCUGAGAGACCCAAGCUUGUCUGUUCCACCCAAACCCUUCGAUUCAGUCGUAACAGUGAGCAGCAGGAACCGGACGACUGUGGGCAGAACUCCUUUCUAUCCCUUCUAUAGCGGCAUGCGGCACCCUUCUUUCCCCAGGGCCAACGACUCGUCAAGAAGAUACGGGGUGAACGGACAACAUCAUAAAGGAAUGUCUUUCCCCAAACCAGUCAUGUGGUCCAGAGCCAGAAUGGGUUCUCCUGCUCGACCUUCUUUCCACCCCAAUAAAAAGCCCAACCUGGUUGGUGAAUCCACUGGAAAAGACAUACUGAUCGACCCACAAAAGGACAAGUCAACAUUCCUGCAGCCAAAAGUUCCCCUUGUGACUGCCAAACCAGUCAAACCCAAAACAACCACUUCUCCAGUGACAGUAACACAGUUUGAAACAUGGGAGAACUCGUCUGCCUUCAGCUCUGUUCCGGCAUCCAAAAUCGAUGCCAUGGGCAAAGAGCGCUUCACUGCUCCUCACGUGGUGUAUAAAACGGAUAAGAAACCAGAUGAGCCAUGCUCCAUCACCAAGUCUCUGAGUUAUUUCCCAGAGGAUGAAGGAGGGGAAACCACAGUGACCGGUCCUCCCCGUACGCCUCCGUCUAACCUUACCGUGGUCACUGUGGAAGGUUGUCCCUCCUUCAUCAUCCUUGACUGGGAUAAAACCGACAACGAAACCACAGAGUACGAGGUCAUCUCGACCACAAAGGGACCUGAAGGAGAAAAGGUCUCCAUCCUGACCACCAACCAAACACACACAGCUGUGGAGAACCUCAAACCUGAGUCCAGUUAUGAGUUCAAAGUGAAGCCAAAGAAUGAACUGGGCGAGGGGCCACCCAGCGAACCAGUGACCUUUAACACAGAGUCGGCGGAUCCCAGAGUGAGCGAGUACGUUUCAGGCAAAGACGCUAUCUGGACUCAGUUCCCAUUCAAGACGGACUCAUACUCUGAGUGCAAUGGCAAGCAGUAUGUUAAGAGAACAUGGUAUCGCAAGUUUGUCGGCAUUCAGCUCUGCAACUCACUUCGAUAUAAGAUCUACCUGAGCGACUCUCUUAACGGUAAAUUCUACAACAUUGGGGACCAGACAGGCCAUGGAGAGGACCACUGUCAGUUUGUAGACUCCUUCCUGGAUGGAAGGACCGGGACACAGCUGCCUGCAGACCAGCUUGAAUCUCGACCAGGUUACUUCAGAGCUGUGAGGCAAGAACCAGUUCACUUCGGCCAGAUCGGAGGAAAUUCACACAUCACUUAUGUAGCAUGGUACGAGUGUGGUACACCAAUCCCGGGAAAGUGGUAGAGCCCCAAAAUAUGUCUGAAGUGAGAGAAGUAACUUUCAUUGACUGAGAUGGUCACAUGCUGGUUAUUGUUCACCAAUGACUUGGUGGUGUGUGAUACCUCAGCGUCCGGCACCAAAGUCCAAAACAUGUAUAAAGGUGUACAGUAUUGAAGAGUCAGGGACUUAUUAGCAGGUUUGUGUUGUAUAUGAACGAACCAUGCCUUGCUGUCUUAUUUAUCAUUAUUAAACAACAAGCAAAGGGGAAAAAAACAUCAAAAAAUAGAAUAAAGAAACAUACUAAAAAUGACAUCAACUUCGUGUAAGUCAUGGAUGUUUCAAAAUAUGACUUUGGUUUAAAUUUUGGGAAGCUGGCUCCCUAAAAGUAUUUUGGUAUUUUGUGUAAUAUUAUUUUUAUUAUAAUUAUUGUGUAAAGUCUGCGGUGCCUUGUUUCUGAGUGAGAGAAGACACAAUGUUUUCCAUUCUGAUCAAACCAGUGAGAUUCAUCCAUCCAUCUAUCCAUCCAUUUGUUCAUCCAUCCAUCCAUCCAUCCAUCCAUCCAUCCAUCCAUCCAUUCCUCACCUCAUUCAUUCAUUCAUUCAUCCCUUCAUUCACUCACACAUAUUACAUUCAUUUAUCACCUUUUCUUCCUGAGCCCUGCUAUACUGGGGGUGUGGGGGUGUGGGUGGUUGGGGGUGGGGGUGGGGGUGGGGGCGGGGGGGGCUCCAGACUGUAAAGACCUUACACUUGCAAUUUGCACAACAUAAAUCUAUUUAUAUGUAUAUGGAGAGAGUAUUUUUUCAUUAAACAUAUUAAACAAAAAGGAGUUUUUGAACUACGCAGUAACGUCUCUAUCAGUGCAAAGGCCAUCAAAUGGGUUUUAGGCCAAUGAAAACAACAGGAACUCAUGGCUCACGGUGACAAGUAUGUUUUGUACAGUAAAUUCUUCUACCCAGGCCCAAUGGUCAAUUAAAGUGUAUAUAUCUAUAAAAAAAAAUAAUUACGCUGUAAAAGAUGAAAUUGCAUUGUUGAUUUGAAUGCAAUGUUUCAGUGUAUUUUUAUUUUUAUUUUUCAGUAAUAAAAACCAGAACAUAUUGUUUCUCCAUUUUUUUAAAUAAAAAAACCCCAAUUCUUUGA